AUGGAGGAGCUGCUGCACGUGGUGGCCACAGACCAAAGCAGCGGCGCCACUGCGGAGGUGUUCGUAUACUCCUACGACACCAUGCUGUCUCUGCGGCGUGCGCUGAGCACAGCCAUGAAGCUGCCGCAGCUGAGUCUCAAGUUCGACGGCGCCAACACCGCAAUGCACCUCACGCUUGAGGCGGCGGGCUUGCAGAACCACUCCCAAGUGCAGGUAGCGCCUGUGACUGAGGUGGUGCUUGCUUCAGCCUCCUCUGAUGGCACAGUGCUGAUGUGGGAUGCCAUCAGUGGCAAGUGCCUGGAAUCAUUAAGGGGCCACCAGGGCGACAAGGUGCUCUGCGUCGCCUUCGCGGUGAGCGGCAAGCUGAUGGGCACCAGCGGUGCCGACGGAAGUGCCAAAAUCUGGGAGACCGUGACAGGCGCAUGCCUGUGCACGCUGAAAGGCAGCGACUGGGUGACCUGCCUCGCCUUCGACCCCACGGAGCGCACAGUGGCCACCGCCGGCCUGGACUGCGCCGCCAGGAUUUGGGACAUUGGCUCCGGCAGGUGUUUGCAGGUCUUCGAUGGCGGUGUGAGCCCCAUCUUCUGGGUGUGCUUCAACCCGGAGCCCGACUUCCCCGAGUUGGCCUCCGCCAGUGCCGACUGCACGGCGACCAUUUGGAAAGUCACGGGCGAGGCGCAGCAGGUGUUGGAAGGCCACAAGGACAAUGUGUCCAUGGUCGCCUUCGCUCCUUCCGGGCUGCGCUUGCUGACUGCCUCCCAGGAUCGCACUGCGCGGAUGUGGGAGGCCGGCACCGGCUCUUGCAUCCGGGAGUUCCGAGGGCACACGGACACCGUGCAGUGCGCUGGCUUCUCCGGCGACGGCCGCCUGGUGAUUACCGCCUCUUUGGACCGCACCGCCAAGAUCUGGGAGGCUACCGGGGACUGCCUGCGGACCCUGUCCGCCCAUGCGGGCUCCGUGCUCUUCGCAGCCUUCGCGGCGGACGCCAGCUUUGCGGCCACCGGCGCCAGGGAUGGGGCCGUUCGCAUCUGGGACACCAAGACCGGGAAGCUCCUGAGGAUCAUGGAAAGCCACCGUGCCAAGGUGAAUGCGCUUGCCUUCGUGGGCUUUUGA